GCCGUUAUGGCUGGCCUAUCGAUCGUCGCAGACAGUACGCGCCCGGCCGCGGAGCGCAGCACCCGUGCAAACAGUUCGCGUUUCGUGUCACGCAGACUAACCCUACGUCUACACACGGUAAAUAUCAGCAGGCCAAUCCAUUGCUUUCGGAUCUGCGAGACGGCGGAGACGCGUGUUCAGUUAUAAAAAGUUGGGCACACAGUAAAACAAAAUGGCGGCGUUCGUGGCCAAGCAGAUGGUGGGCAACAAGUUAAGCGCCGUUAAAGGCGCGGUCGGCGGAGACGGAGAUGACAGCGACGACAAGGAGAAGGAAGAGGAGGCGGAACGCGAACGACAGGAGGCCAUCCGCGAGGCGGAGGAGCGGCGCAAGGAGAAACACCGCAAGAUGGAGGAGGAGAGAGAGAAGAUGCGUCAGGAGAUAAGGGACAAGUACAAAAUCCCCAAGAAGGAGGAGGUGGUGGAACAGCAGCAGCAGGAGCCCGACAACCCCCUCAUGAGGAAGAAGAAGACGCCCGAAGAGCUUGCGGCAGAAGCAGAGCUAGAAGACCAGGAUGAAUUUACUAAAUUGAAAAACACCAUCGAAACGCAAGUUAACGAACUAAAGUCGCAGAUCGAGAGUAAGUGCGUGAUGCAGUGAGCGCGCAGCGCUGGCGCCGGCGACAAGAUGGCUGCCGUCGUAAAAUGGCCGCCACCACAAAAUGGCUGCCGCCGCAUGGCGCCACGUUUAUUAUUAUAUUAACCGAAUACAUGAUGUAGCUGUGCUAAGGUCACUGUUACGAUGUUUCACCCAAACACAUCUCCCUCCCGCCCAGGACGAUUUCGUUCGGAUAAUCAUUCGCGCUCAAAUUCGUAGGAGAGAUUCGAAUUCUAAAUUUUUUCGGAACGUAGUUGGCUAGAGGCGCGUUGGUGCUUGAUAAUAAGCAAUAAUAUUUUUAUACAUUCAUAAAAGUUAAUGUGAGCCCUCGAUCAACCGUUAUGUAUUUAAAGCGCGUUCCAGCAAGGUCAAAAAGUCAUCGCCGCAGCGGCGCUCGUGCGUAAUCGUGCGUGCCGUGCGUGACCCGUGCCUGAGUGCGUGACCCGUGCGAGCGUGCGCGUGCACGCACCGCGUCGCGGCGGCUCGUGUGAAAUGUGAAACAUACCAGUUUUAUAUGUUGACGCUUGUGAUAUAUUGUUAUUUAAGUGUAAAGAGGAAAUAAUAUAAAUACAACUAGACGAAACGGUGUAUUAUUAUUAAAGAGGGAAAUAUGUAAUAUAGGAAGAUUUAGCACGCGUGUAGUUGUUUCAAUACUCGACUGUGUUUACGAUACUUCUCUCUCUCUCUCUGCCAGCGGCUACAUUGAAAUAACAAUGUAUUAGGUCUUUACGAAUAUUUGUUUCAUCCAAAUUCCCCGGCCACGGUCGGUCCGCUCCUUCGCGACUUCAACUAUUGCCUCGACUCUCUUGCAUGCGUGCUUUUGCAGUGUUACUCGGUGUUGUGUCUGUGUAUUCAGUUUAGGUGUACCUGUAACCGACCUAGCCUUAUUGUCCACAUCGAACAUAUAAUAGGAACUGCGCGGAUCGCCGCCCUUGUCCAUUUUGUUCUGCAUGCCUUUAAUAUAAGAUCGAUGUUCGUUUAGAGUAAUGUAAAGUUGUAGAUAUCAGAGACCUACACUUCGCGUUUAUGUUCACGCACGCGACGGUCGAAUCUAAUGUUUUAUCGAUGUUUUAAUGCUUAGGGAUAUAAUGUUACGUAGUGAGAGCGAAUUCUUCGAGCGAUCUUGCCCUUUGGUGCGACAGUUUGAACAUAUUGAACGGCGAAGUAGGACCGAGAAGGACACAGAGCCGGUUGUUCGGAAAAUUAUCUCCACGUAUAACGCUGCAAAUGCAAAAGAUUUGUUAUCGUCAAAAGCUGUGAUAUAUAAAUAAUAAACAAACGCUAGGCCGGCGCCGAGCGAAACACUUGUCUGGUAAUAGCUUCUUCGACUUCGAUCACGCAUACCGGUCUCUCUUCUAGGACUGUGAUCUCUUCGCAUUCGAUCAGCACAUCAUGUAUUUCCACUAAAACAGCGUUCAUCCGUUCUACAACAUCACGCUUUAGAUCUGAACUAUCAUUUCUUUCUACUUCCUUUCUGCGUUUCCUUUAAUUACCUAUCUAUACUGUAUUCUGGUCAAUUAUAUCCUACCUUCAAUAUCUAUUGCGAAAUCAGAAAUACUAUUCAAUAUACACACACAUGUAAAUAUUAAAAUACAACAAUAAUUUCUGAUUGUUUAUCGAGAAUGCUACUCUAUUUUCUGAUGUAUAAGAAUCAAUAUUUUCUCGCACUCUACUGCACACAUAUGUAUAUUUUCAUAGCUUGUUUCGAUAGGACCUAAUUUCGAGCACGCAUAGCCAUAGCUCUUGCAACAUGAACAUGAAACCACUUUACAUAUUAUGUUCCGACACAUUGAUCUCUCGGACAACUGAUGGGCAUCGCUUCUCUGAGCUCCCGUCCAAUCUUACAAACAUCACUCUCUUAAAACUAAGGUAUAUCUUUGUAUUUCACGUUGUAUGUGUGACUAGCUUAGGUUUAUCAUCAGAUAUAGGAUUUUAGGAAGCAAAAAAUUACAGGUAAGGAGUUCCUAUAUCGAUAAACUUAAAUGUCGAUGCUCUUUUGAACUCCAUGCCUGUCAUUUAGUUUUGCCCGCUAAAAUCCAAUGUCUGGUUAUCAUAUUACAACAGAUAGUUCUAUGUAUGUGCAUGGCAAUCAUAGUUAAAGGUUGUUUGUAGCUAUUCGAAAUAAACAAUAAUAGAUAUAAGAUUCAGUCGGACCUGUCGAUUUUGAUAUCAUUUUGACACGACCAAUGUUCCAAAGUUCACCUCUGAGCUCUCCUUGUAUCUUAAUGUUAGUUGCCACUUCUAUAUCAAGAAGCUAUCGAGUAUAUAUAUACCUAUAUAUAUAGUUCCCUUGUCUGUGCGUCUAUCUUCGAUCUAAUAGUAGGUAGUCUAGCCUGUGCUCUUCGUUGUUGAUUCCCGUUUAAAGUAGUAAUAGUGUUAGCAGGAGGAUUAUUUUGGUACGUAGAUACUUGACUAUCGCUAAUGUCACUAAUGUAAAACUACAUAAUAAUAGAUAAAUCAAAUUUAUUUUUAAAUAAUUUGACUUGUGCUGUUUUAACGCAGAAUCCUUCAAGAUUGCAUAUGCUAAGGAAAUUGGGACGGGUAUCAUGCGAGAAACUAAACUAGAAACUAAUUCGCAUGACUUCAGAUAGAAUGGCAUAUAGACAUAAGGUCGCCAACCUCCGGGUUGGAGAAGGCACUUAAAGAAGAAGAAGAAGAUCAUGCGUGGCUAAAUGACAAUGAUGAAGAUGCUACUGGUUCAAAAACUUGCGUAGGGGGUUCUUUUUCUUUAGUAUAUGCCAUUUAUUUCAGUUUAUAAUUAAAAUCUAGGUCUGACGCGACUUGCAUGAAGAAAAUAGUUAAGUGUGAGCUCUUGACGUGUGACUCAGUGUCGUUCUCUCUUCAAUUCGUCUUUUAUUUUAUCUUUUUUUAAAAAUAAAUUAUUUUAUAGAUAUUAAAACCGGUUACUCACGUAAGUUGAUAAUUGCUCAACAUAUUUCGCUCCAUAACGAGGAGAUUCUUCAAAGGCCCGUCGCCCGCGCCGAGCAAUUGAUAGCGGAGAGCUGCAGGCCGCAGCCUGCGUCGGUCCGCCAACGUAUUUGAGUGCUCCCGUUAAAAAAGUUCCUCGUUAUGGAGCGAAACACAUCGAGCCAUCAUCGACUUAAUAUACGUGGAUCACCCGUUUUAAUAUAUCUUCUAUAUGUCUCACGGAAGUUUUGUUAUUAAAAUAAAUUAUUAUAUUUAACGCUGCGUCUAUCUGUGUGUCUGUAUAAGCUUUCGAUGUUCAAUGUAUAGUUUAUUGUAAUUAGAUUAUAUGCUUAACUGCGCAUAUUGUAUUGGAAUUUGGGUGAUAUCAAAUGGUUGUUGCAUUACAAGUACAAUACGGUACCAAGUUAUUGCCUAAGGUUGCAGCGGCGAGGUUAUGUAUAUUUAGAACCAGGGCUAACCUGGCCGAAGAUACUAUAUACUUGUACAUCACUGCAUCGAACAUGUCUCCCUCUGUCUUUCAAAUCGUAGUAACUAAAUAAAAUUACAUACAGAUUGAUUGCACACUCACAGAUAAAACUUAUACCGACUCUUUUCUUUUAUAUUAAAAAAUAUAGUGCAUUUAUAAAGAGGUUUAUACAAGGUAGAUGUGUAGUUUAGUAAUAAUUGUACGUUAUUUAUAAAGAAAAUUACUUUUCACGCAUUUAGCUACGUUUAAGGCCCACAUGGAUUUUGACCAACUAUAGAUUUUCUCAGCGAUCAGUUGAUAAAAUAGAUUGAUUGAUCUUAUGACUUUCAUACUCAGGGUAAAAUAUAUAUUUACUAUGAAUAAUUAUUGUUGUCUAUUUAUAUAUGUUUUUUUAGAUGAUUUAGGUGGGAGUGACUUUUUGGCCUGCAUAGGCUUCCUGUCCUUAAAAGUGAUAGUUUUUCUUGAAUUUAUUCAUGUUCCUUGCCCUGUGUAGGGUAAAUCUUUCACUGUUGUUCCCUCCUUAGAGGAGUUAUGAAAUGGUAGACUUAUACAAUUUAAUACAAACCUUGUUAACAAUUUAUUGAUAAAUGAACAUAUAGUUGGAGUAGAUUAGGGUCUGCCACGGGUAUAGACACAUUUCUAACAUUUCACUGUUACUUCGUAUACCCUGCCCAUCGUAUUAAAGCCAAAGACCUUAUUUCAACAUAAAAAAAACUAUUUUAAAUGGCUGGCUACUUUGGACGGGGUAUAUUUUAAUAUUUUAGCGCGUUUUCCUUCGUAGUCUUCUAUCUCAACACUCUAGUUAAAAUGUUACAAAUGUGUCACCUCUUUGAACACUUAGGAUCCGUUUGUUUAAUCAUUUGAAAUACACCUCUAUACUAUAGACCAAAAAAUUCAAAUGAAAACUCAAUCGGCAGCAUUCUGCGUGUCUAUGGACUGCAAUUUCCCCUCUAACGUACGUCUUUACUAGCAUACAUUAAAUGUUCCUUUUAUAAAAUGAUUCAUCAGUUUUUUAAAUAAUUGCGGCCUGGAUGCGAGUCCUUUAAGCCAAGUCUUGGUUUUGAAUUUAUUAAUUAAAAGAGACAUUUUUAUGUUAGUAAAUGCUAUUAAAGAGACGGAAUGCAAUCCUGGAUACCAUAGACAAAUAGGAAUAGAUGAAUUUAGAGACAACGACACAAUCGAACACACACGAGAGCUUCGACACACGCCAAUAUUACUUUAUCAUAGAUAUAUUAUGUACGUUAUACGUUCCGACGUUACUCGCAAUAUAGAGAGAAUUUUAAAAUGCAAAGAACUGACUGUAAGUGCCACACACAUUUUGCGCUUGUUUCUUUUUUUCUCUAUAUUGUUUUUUUUUCAGGUGUUCUUAAAAUGAGGCACAGGGAAAUGGGAGGAUGGGUUAAACUGCCACAGCGAAAGCUGGUUCAUGUGCUCUGUAUAGCUAAAUUAGGUCCGUCUGUUUCCCUGUGCGCUUGUGUUAUUUAGAAUAGUUAUUAUUGGCCAAGAUCACUGAUAGAAGGUUAGUUUUUAAUAUUAGUGACAACUAGUGUUAAAUUGCAAGUUAACCGUAACUAAAAAAAGUGUAAAGACAAAAAAAAUCUUUGAUCGACCACUGCACGUGGUCUGGUAUGUUGUAUUGUUAUAAAACGAUUAACGAAGGUUAGUAGUUUAUCCACGAUUACAUUUAACUUAGAGUUAUGGAUGAAAAACGAAAAAAAGGGGUUAAUAAUAUUGUUGAAAAUGUUUUUAGGUAAUUGAUAAUUGGAUUGAGCUUUUGUGAAACCGCGUUGUUGAGAAUGAUUUACGUUUCGUUCGCUGGCUGUAAAAACUGCCAAUCGGUAUUCGUCUCUAUCGUUAAAGAGAUACGGUUUAGUUUCACGGUUCACGUAGUGUAGGCUUCGCCUUUUUGUGUCCCAUACUGUUAUGUUUCGGAGGUCCCAUUAUUAGUUAUGUAUAAAGUUUAGUGGUAGGGGUUUUCAGCUGCCGCGGGCGAGUUUGAAAAUGUUCUACCUAACAUGUUGUUAAAUAAUAAAUAACUACAUUGUACCACCA